CGGUAUGUCAGUCACCACACGUGGACACACGGGUAGACAAUUCUGAGUGCUAGAGAGAGGUGGGCAUUACGCACUUGGAGCGCGCUAAAGAAGGAGGUCUGUACGCAGAAACGACACUGAAAACCGCAUUUAUCAACACUCUUAAACCACGUUGAGAUGGGUUUAGAGCAGCUGAAAAGAACCUUGGAUGAACGAAUGAAUGCAAAUUGCCGCGGACAUAAUAAUGGUGUUUUAAAGGCAAAUAAGAAACCAUUAAUGGAAAGAUACCGAAGACGCAAGAUCAACAACUAUUUAGAGGAGUUGAAACGUUUGGUUUUGUCAGCUCUAAACAGAGAAGUUGCCCUUUACAACAAAAUGGAAAAGGCGGAUAUUUUGGAUAUGGCUGUUAGGUACAUCAAAGCUAUACAAACACAUCCCGACGUCUCUACGACAAGCUACGAACCGGAGCACGACCAGGGUACGACAACGGCCCGAAGUUAUGAAGUUCCCAGUCCAACCGCUUUUCAGGCUCGUACAGAGAACACAAUUUAUGAUAAUUUAUGCCAGCAACCAGCGAGAGUUUUGAUUACGAAACCAAAUCAAAAAGAAAACUAUACGAAAGUUCAUGAGGACAAAGUGGAGACACCACGUCAAAACGUCAUAUUCCAAUCAAUUUCAACAAAUAUAAAUACCGCAGAAACGAACAAUAACAGGGAAAAAACAAGAACUAACACAAAUUCUGAUGCAAGAAUAUGGCGUCCAUGGUGAAAAAGCUUAAUUUAUAAACGCGAAAUUCUCAGCAUGUAUAAAAUAUAAAACUAAAUAUAUAGUAGCGUUUAUAUUAUAGAAAAAGAUGUAAUUCGGUAUAUUUUUCUGUCAUUUACGUUUGUUACAAAAUAAGAAUAUAUAAAUCGAUUGUUAAGACCAUUUAAUGGAUUUAAAGACUUUCCCGAAAUAUUAUCCGCGGUAAUUUGAUGUUCACGCACAGAUCACGUGCACACAGCCGAGGAUGGAUAUUUUAGGAUGGGGUAUGGAGAAUAAUUUCCUCCCAACUCAAAUAU